CCCUUUCUUUGACGGACGGGCGGCUGCUCUCCUCUCCUCUCACCUCCUCCCACCUCCGGUCCUCCCUCCCUCCUCUCCCCACUACUCACAGACUCUUCUCUCCCCUCCCCCUCCCUGGGUCCUCCCGGUUCCCACCUAUGCGCGGACGGCGAGCUUCAGGUGAAGCUUGAAUCUACAAGUGGUAUUGUCACGGACGAGAGGUGACGUUAGGCGCAAGUGCUCGAUGGCAAAUCAUUAUGCUCCUCUCAGGGUUAUUCUUCUACUGUUGUUGGUCUUCCCUUGUUUCGCCUCUGAAGCUGAUAUCCAGUGCUUGAGAUCUGUUCAGCAGUCAGUGAUUGACCCCAACGGUGUACUCAAGUCCUCAUGGAAUUUUGACAACCGCACUGCUGGUUUCACAUGCCGAUUUACCGGCGUGGAAUGUUGGCACCCGGAUGAGGACCGAGUUCUUUCUUUGCACCUAGGCAACCUCGGUCUCCAGGGUUCAUUUCCUCACGGUCUUCAGAAUUGUAGCAGUAUGACUGGGCUGGAUCUGUCAAACAACAACUUUUCAGGACCUAUCCCUCAAGACAUCUCCCGAGAAAUACCAUACUUAACAUCAUUGGACCUCUCCUACAAUGGUUUUUCUGGCACCAUCCCACCAAAUAUAUCAAACAUGACUUACCUGAACGUCCUCAAUCUCCAACAUAACCAGUUUAGUGGCGAAAUUCCACCGCAGUUCAGUCUUCUGACUCGGUUAACUGCAUUCAAUGUCGCAGAGAACCGACUAUCAGGGUUUAUUCCAUAUUCAUUAGGAAAAAAUUUCACGGCAUCGAAUUUUGCCGGUAAUCAAGGGCUAUGUGGGGCUCCAUUAGAUGAAUGCCAGGCUUCAGCAAAGAGCAAGAACAAUGCGGCAAUCGUUGGAGCUAUUGUUGGCGUCGUAGUUGUGAUCAUAAUUGUUGCAAUAGUUGUGUUCGUUUGUCUGCGGAAAUUACCAGCCAAGAAAGCAAAAAAGGAUGAGGAUGAAAAUAAGUGGGCAAAGAGUAUCAAAGGAACAAAAACAAUCAAGGUGUCUAUGUUUGAGAAUCCAGUUUCAAAGAUGAAACUAAGUGAUCUUAUGAAGGCCACCAAACAGUUCAGCAAGGAAAACAUCAUAGCUACUGGAAGGACAGGGACUAUGUACAGGGCAGUGCUACCUGAUGGUUCUUUUCUUGCUGUCAAAAGGCUACAAGAUUCACAACAUUCUGAAUCACAGUUCACUUCAGAAAUGAAGACACUUGGCCAAGUAAGGAAUCGCAACUUGGUUCCUCUACUUGGAUUUUGCAUUGCUAAGAAGGAGAAGUUGUUGGUGUACAAGCACACACCCAAAGGAUCACUCUAUGAUCAGUUACAUGAAGAGGGGAAAGAUUGCAAGAUGGAUUGGCCUCUGAGGUUAAGAAUUGGUAUUGGUGCAGCAAAAGGUCUUGCAUAUCUUCACCACACUUGCAAUCCUCGAAUCCUUCACCGCAAUAUAAGCUCCAAAUGCAUCCUCUUGGAUGACGACUAUGAACCAAAGAUUUCAGAUUUUGGGCUUGCUAGGCUUAUGAACCCCCUAGACACCCAUCUCAGUACCUUUGUCAACGGGGAAUUUGGAGAUAUUGGUUAUGUGGCACCAGAGUAUGGGAGCACGCUGGUGGCCACACCGAAGGGUGACGUCUACAGCUUCGGAGUGGUUCUCCUCGAGCUUAUCACCGGUGAGAGGCCUACUCAGGUUUCCACUGCUCCAGAUAACUUCAGGGGGAAUCUAGUAGAGUGGAUCACCUACCUAUCCAACAAUUCCAUUCUCCAAGACUCAAUCGACAAGUCGUUGAUAGGGAAGGACAAUGACAGUGAGCUGAUGCAGUUCCUGAAAGUCGCAUGUUCUUGCACAGUCACCACCGCGAAGGAGAGACCCACCAUGUUUGAGGUUUAUCAGCUGCUUAGAGCCAUUGGGGAGAAGUAUCAUUUCUCGGCCGGGGACGACAUGAUGCUGCCACCUCUAAGCACAGAUGGAGAAACCCCGGACGAGCUCAUUGUCGCCAUGUAAUCACAAAUUCUUAUGUUGCAGAUGGCAAGUAUGACUGCCCGCAAGGCGUUUCCCCUGUAUGGUCUUUAAUAUUUUUUCCAUGAGCAUUAUUACCAUGCUUCAAGUGGAGUAGCGGUACGCUGCAUACGAUGUAUAUAUAGUUCUUGUAGCUUGGUUCCCUUAUCCACCAUUGGAAGGUGGUGCUAGUAGCAGCGAGGAUAAUUUUCAUACUACCUGUUUAAGAAUGGAGUGCCUGUUAGUUAGCUAACUCUUGAGUUACUAUGUGAUUAUGCCA